UAGGAUGUUUUUUUUGUUGAGCAGCUGCGCCAAUUUUCCGAAAGAAUCAUCAAUUAAACCAGGAGAGCGUCUGCAAUCGGGGUUAUCAUCGUCACCGGAAGCCCCACGAUCCGGUGCCCUGCAGGUGGCAACAAACUGCGACGGCUGAAGGCGGAGAAUUCUCGAAAAGAAAUUGAUCUGGAUCAAUCUCCUGGGAGUAGCGAUGGCCAGUUGUUUGUAGAGGUGCCCCUGAAAUCGUUACCAUUCCCGUUCCGGUUUGCCGCAAUGCACGAGCUGCUGCCACAGUGAGGUCUCCCUCGAACGACGCCCGGAGCUAGCACAGAGCAUGGAAACGGAUAGCAGUGACAGCAGCGGGGACAGCGUUAAAUCCAUUCCCCGUCCGGACUUUGAAGCCCUAUCCGCCAUCGAUAGCCCCCAGCCGCAGCUGCAGGCCUCUCCUCUGGAUGGCAACAACGACAUGGAGACGGGAGUCAGCAGCAGCAUGCCCAGCAAGCGACAAAAGUAUGUGGUCAGUGCACCACCAGGAUCCGCCAACGGCAGCAGCAACUCAUCCAACUCAAGUCCCUCGAAUGCCAAUGUCGGCUCCUCCCUGACCAUGAAGCUCACCAAAGUUCAACCUCAGGUGCAGCAUGCCCAACGCACCUCAACGCCCAACAAUAAGUCGAGCAAGGUUCCCAAGGAGAUGAUUGCCUUGCAGCGUUCGCAUAUCGAAUCCGAGGUGCUGACCAACUUCGUUUCCGAAGUCUCCAAGUUUAAGCGCCGUAAGUCUCGAUAUGUUCCCGAACCGCUCGACGCUCCUAUAGCGAGGGUGGAGCUCUCCCGCAGCUUGAACUUGGAGGCCAAAAGGGAGAAAAAGUCGCGCAAGUCGGCCCUGAAAAGGAGCAAGAGCAUACCCGCUCCUAAUUGGGACUCUGAUGAUGAUUGGCAAGAUGAUGACAAGUCCCGCAUGGCACGAGGCCGAUCGAUGGCCUGCGAUGAGCUGCAUGUGGAGGAUAGCAAUAGCAACCCGCCACCGAUGAGCAGCGUGUUCGACCGCACGCGAUCUCGCAGCAAAACCCUGUCCGUGAGCAACGAGGAUCGGUUGCCGAGGAGAAGCAACUUACGCAGCGAAAACGAUGACUUUGCCAAGAAGCACAGUGCCUUCCUGGACAGCGUCAUGACCGAUGACCCGGAAACGGAGCUGACACUGAACACUGCAAACGAAGUGGAUGUGGAAGCCGAUUGGUCCGCUAGCGAUCUAGCAACCCACAACUCGACCUUCUCGGAAAACCGGGCGGACUCUGCUGAAAACCAGGAGGAGGAACAGGUGGCCGAUCGACUUCGACUCAUUUGGCAGGCGCCGCCCAUGGAUGGCUGGGAUCCCUUCUGCUGGAAGUGCCGGGAAUGCGGCCAGCUUAUGCCCUGCUCUAAGUGUCUGCGAUCCUUUCACACCUACUGCGUGCGACCAGCCACCACCAAGUUCGACUCAUCCUGGAAGUGUCCCGAAUGCCAAUCAAUCGAGGCAGCGCCGAAGAGGCUGCGACGCAACGAUGUCUCCGUGGAUCUGCUAAGCCAGCUGCUCUUCUUUGCCCUGGAGCGCAUGAAGCACGUGCGUGGGGCCCAUAAGCUCCGUUCGCCGCAAGAGGUCUUCCCGCUGACGUACAAGAAGUACUUUGUAAAUCCCGUUAGCUUCGCCAGCCUGGCGGAGUGCAUCCGCCGCGGAGCUUACCAGAGCACCGAGGAGUUCCUCAGCGAGGUCAAAUGGAUCCAGCACAACGCCCUGAUCAUGGACACUGGAGAUGUCAAGGUGGAACAGGCUUCCAAGGCGGUGGUGAAGGUCUGCCGACAGGAGGCCAACGAGAUCGACACCUGCCCGGAGUGCUAUCUGAACGCCAACUCCAGCGACGAGUGGUUCGUGAAGGUCUGCCGGCAUCCCCACCUGCUGCUCUGGGCCAAGCUGAAGGGCUUCCCCUACUGGCCGGCCAAGGCGAUGGGUGUCUCGAACUCUACGCUCGUUAAUGUCCGCUUCUUUGGCAAGCACGAUCGAGCCUUUGUGCCCGUCAAGGAUUGCUUCCUGUACUCCGCCCAGAAUCCGAAUACCCAAACCAGUCGAAGAUCGGCAAGGGAUCUGGCAGAAUGCGUUCGUGAAGUCGAGGUCCACAUUGAGAAUAUAAAGAUGAAGAUCGGGGCCUUCUGCUAUGCCGAAUAUCGCACAGCCUACGACCCGCUGGAGGAGCAACAGCAGCUGGAGCAGAUGAUGCCGGGCGUGUAUGAAGCCAUUGAUCGGGAACUGGAGCCGGCCAAUAAGACGCCGUUGCAGUUUCUUAUCCGCAAGACAGCCGACGAUAAGUUGUCCAUAGUGAAGAAGACCAAGACCACAGAGUCUGGCAAUGAAUCGGAUCAGUCAUGCAGCCCCGUGAAGAAGCCUCCAGAAGCGCCGGAAGCUGUAGCAUCAAGUGACCCACAUCCCAAGCUUAAUAAGAGCAACAACUAUGAGGUCAUAUCCAGAUCCGGUGAGUCCCUAAGCGACUCCCGGUGCAAGGUGCUGCUCAAGCGAAAAUCACUGGCUGCUAAAACUACGUCAAGCUCUGUAGAGGCACCAUUACAAAGAGCAGAACCAUCACCAGUUCCAGCACUGGAAGCAACAGCUCCGGCUGUGCCCGCCAAGCGCAAACAUUCCCUAAGCGAUGCCAGCUGCACUAGUGAGUCCAGUGACCACAAACGCAAAGUCAAACAUGCCAAGAAGCAUCAGGAACAGGAUCAGGAAGUGGCAGCAGAACAAAGAGAAGUUGUUAAAAAGCCAUGCAAGUCUCCAGAACCAAGCAGAGUAGAGAAAUCUUCUGAGAAACACACGGCAAAAGCUCCAGAAGGUUCUCCCGCCUCCGUGGUUUCUGUGGUGGAGCUGGUCAGACGUCGCCAAGGGGUGACCAUCACCAAGAUACCACGCGAUCAGCAGCAGGCAGUGGCGGCUGCCCCAGAGGCAGCACCAGUGGCAGCACCACCUCCUCCAGAAGCAGAACCGCCUCCUCCGGCAGCAGCGCCCCUUCCUACUUCUCCACCGGUGGCCAAGCCAAAGGCACCGGAGCGCAAUCAAGCCCGGAAACAGUCCGACGUUGAGCGUCAACAACAGCAACUCAUUAAGAAAGUGAUUCCAUUUGUAGAGAUCAAAACGGAGAUCAUGUCGGAUCCAGAGGAGGAUGAAGCCACUCUGCAGCUUCCCGUACCAGAGCCAGAACAGCUGGCACAACCGGAGCCAUCACCCGUGCCAACUGCUCCUCCGCCCGAACACAUAGAAACUCCUCUUCCCGAGAAUAUUAAAAUCAAAGAAGAGAUUCUCAGCGAGGAUGAGAUGGAGGUAGAUCAGCUGUCACACCAACAUCAGGCCAGUGUAAGUCAGAGGCUGGAAGCGCUUCCGCCGAUGCCACAACCCAUGCCCCCACCGCCUCCUUCUUUGCCCUCGCGACCCUACGUAGAGGCCGGACGUGAGGAGACAACCACCACGGAAGCCCCUGUGCGCCAUGUGGGCGAUACGACCAUCCAAAAAUUGAGCCAAAAGCAGGGAGGCAAGUCCAUGGACUCCACCGCCAAGCGUCGUGGCGCACAAGCAUCAUCGCCGGCUCUCUCGCCAGUGCCAUCUUUUGUCCCAUCCGCACCAUCAACGGAGUCGCUUUCGCCCAAGUCAAGUGGCACUUAUGGGGUUACCAAGCCAGCCCUGGCGCCGCCACCGCAGGGCCAAUCAAAGAGUAAGUCGUCUCCAGCUCCAGCUCAGGCACCGCAGCAGCAGCAGCAAUUCCGUGUAAAGAGCGACCGGGCUAUACCCAAUCCCAGCUCAUCACCCGGGGCCCCACCGGCCAAUACCACCACAACAUCGAGUCUUCUCAGAUCCAACAUGGUGGUAAUACCCGUGGAGCAAGCAAACAACUGCAAUCCGCACAAUCCCAUGACCAUACCGGUGCCGCCCCUGAGAGCCGUUUCCAAGAGCACCUUGCAGAGCACAGCCGCCUCGCUGCUGCCAGCGCCUUCCCCGGUGUCCAUGCCCACGCAACCCGCAAGCGCCAUAUCUGUGCCACCCUUAGCUGGCCUAAGCUUUUCGGCCAUGCCCUCCACGUCCGCAGCAUCCCAAGGAAACGGUGGAGGAGACAUGGCGGGUGGACUUUUAGCCAGCGCUUUGAACGGAAGGUCAAGCCAUGAACCAAGCCUGGUUAGUGAAUCCCAUCCGAAUGAUCCCAUAACCCCUGGCAUGGCCACGGCCAUGAGUGAGAUGCUGCUGCGCUCUGGGCCGCCCAAGCUGGUAGCACGUCCUGGCGGGCCGCUUCAGUCGGAUGGCUCCCACAUUUAUCCCUCACAGGCAGGACCCGUCUCGCAGAAGCUAAAGGAAAAUGCCCAUAAGAUCACAGACUACUUCAUCUCCGUCAUCGAAGACACCCUUAGUGACAUGGCCACCGGAGACCAGAGUGUUCUCCAAGCCCGCAUCACCGGCUUGUCGCUCGAAAACGAGCGUUUGAAACAGCACUACGACCGCCAGUUGACGGACUUGCAGCGGACCAGUGAACUGAUGCUCUCUGAGAUGCGCAAGACGCUGGACCAGGAACAUCGGCGCGUGAUCAGCGAGCUGCGCCAGCAGGCUAACAUCGAGCGGAUGCGGGCCGUGGACGAGGCGAAGAAGAAACAGUGGUGCGCCAACUGCAUGCGCGAGGCGCAGCUGUACUGUUGCUGGAACACCUCGUAUUGCGAUUAUCCCUGCCAGCAGAUGCACUGGCCCAGGCAUUCGGCCACCUGUGGGCAGACCGUAAACGUACAGGUGCCGCUCUCGCCUGCAGUUCCAACAUCCUCGUCAUCAGUUGUAGAGAAUGUGCGCUCGCCCAAGUCCAAAGCGGCGACGAUGGCAACGCCACCAGCGCCUUCAGGCAAUACCCCUCCCACUCCCAGUGUCAGGACAACGACUGCCGUCUGUCCAUCCCCGGCGGGACCUGUGGCCACUGGUCCAGUAGGUAAAAAGUGGCCGCCCAUGAUGAAUCCCAUGAUGAACCAGCAGCCGCCCCCCAAUCCGGAUACAACUUUGCUGAAGCUGCCCUCCAGCACAUAUUUACGCCCAGUGGUCAGUACCGUGACAAAUACGGUUACGGCCACGCCGACAGUAAAUAACAGCAUUAAUCCCAUGCUCCCCUCCUCGUCGGGAAACCACAUGGCCCACCUCAUGCCCAGCGCCAUUCAGCGACAGAAUAACACGGCCAACUUCAAUCCCAAGCCUGUGGCGCAACCCAUGCCCGUGCAGCGCUACAACAUACCCUUACCCAUCACCAUAAAUCCUAGUGGCGCGCCAUACGGCCUCAUUGCGGAGCAGCAUCAGAAGCAGCAGCCGGCGCCCAAGGCCAAGGCACGCAGACAGAACAACACAACGAUUCGGCAGGUAAACAGCACCAAUAGCCCGGGCAUGAGGCCCAACCAUAUGAACCAAGUGUUCCACCCAUGAAUCUUUGACAACGGAAAGCGAAACGAAGGAGGAGGAAGAUUUCCCCAAAACGGAAAGACUGCCUGUGAUUCAGGAUACAACAUUUUCAAUGAUAUUCCAGAGAAACUCCUUUAAUUCAAGUGUCUGAAAUUCGUAUCCUUAUUUCUCUUAUUAUAUAUUUUAAUUUCUCGACCCCCCCGACGGCGUGCAGCUAAUACGUUAAUUUGUACUCCCAGAGUAGCACAUACACUGAAAGUUUACGUUUGGUCAGGUUUAUAUGUAUAAAGAUAAUAAUAGGGUUAAGAUAACAGUAUGUGUAGGUCCUUGGAAUGUGUUGAUUUAGAUUGACGGUCUUACCUAUAACCUAGACAGGCCGCCUAGCCAGUAAGAACCCAUAAGAUGGACUUUUGAAAAUCAUAGCGAUAAGAUCAUGUCAUUCUCAAUUUGAUGAAGCAUUAUUGUACAUGUCAUAGUUUUCACUCACCACAUUACAUACAUUUUAUGUAUAUUUAAAGCCAAGCUAAAAGCGGAAACUGAAUAAAUGUUUGCGUUUAAUUUAAAAAG